AUGUCAGACUUUUGGACUCAAAUAAUACAGUAUACAAAUACGAUUGAAACUGAAACACCUGAUAUUGAGAAUCCUGAACAACUCUUAUCUAAAUUAUUAACACAUGCAGAACAUGAACGACAAUUACUUGAAACUCAGUUUAAUCCAACUUCAACAACAACACAAGAAAAUCUUCCAAUAAUAUCUCAAUUGCAAAAAGGUAUUUCCACGGCAAAAGAACUCCUUAAUGAUCAUGGAAAACUACGAAAUGAAGAACGUAAAUUAUCUAUUGCAAUAAAAUCACAUGAGAGUGAAGCAGAAUUAAUUGCACAAGAUUUUCGUACAACUGUUAAACGUUUGAAUAAUACAACUAGAAUUAUUGAUUAUCUUCGUUGUCUAGAAACACUUUUAAAAUAUAGUUCAGAUUUAGAAAAAGCUCUUUCAACGGAAUCACUUGACGAAUCUUUAUCAAUUUAUUCUCAAUUAGCACAUCUCACUGAACUUGUACAUGAUACAUCGACUGAACAUUUACGUUCAUAUAGUAGUAAUCUAACAGUUUAUUGGUAUGAACAACUAAAAGCUGUUCUGAGUCUACGUAUGGAAAACGUGUUAACUACUCUAGAAUUUCCAUAUGUACAUAAAAGAGCAUCAAAUUAUUUAAUUGAAUUAUUUACGGCAAAUCAAGAUAAAUUCAAAAUUGAAUUAAUUAAUCUAUUGAAAUUACGCCUACCAGAUCAUGUUAAACAUGAUGAUGUUCAAUCACGUUUACGUUUUAUUGGUUGGAAACCAAUACCACUAUUUAUUCAAGUAUUAUUAAAAGGUUUAAUUAUUCGUUUCAAUCAUCAUUUUUAUGGUAACCAAAAAACAAAUGAUCGUCGUAAACCUGAAUGGUAUCUUAAUGAAAUUAUAAGUUGGAUACUUGAUCAUGAUUAUUUUUUAACUGAACAAUUACAACCGUUACUUAAUGAAACGACAAAUGCGAAAGUAGAAUUUAUUCGUGGUCUUAUUGAACUUGUUAUUGUUAAACUUGAUAGUCGAAUAACAUCAAUACUUAUUGAUACACCAUUAUUUACACAUUAUAUUGAAGAAAUUCUUAUUUUUUCUCAACGUCUUUUUGAAAAAGAUAUUGAUUAUCCACAUAAUUUACCUAAUUGUAUGAAUUUAUUAUGUGAUGAAAUUGUUUUUGAAAGAUGGUUUCAAGUUGAACAAGAUGUUUCUCAUACAAAACUAAAUGAUAUAUUUCGAUCACCAACUGCACAUCAAAGUGUUUAUGAUCGUAUGCUCGAACGAAAUCCCGAUGAAAUUAAAAUAAGUGAAUGUGCUGAAACAUUCUUAACACUUAUUCAUGCAAUGGAAGAUCGUUAUCGUCUUGUACCAUAUCCAUCUUGUAGUCUUCGUUUAUUUUCAUUACAAAUUAAUUUACUUGAUGAUUUUCUACAAAAGUUAACAUCUUCUUUAACAAAAGGUCAACAAGAUAUUGAUCCAUUAUCGAAACAGUUUUGUUCAAUACUUAAUUCAAUUGUUUAUGUAGCUGAUGUUAUUCAACAAUGGAAAAAUAGUCCACAUUAUGAACGUUUACAAUAUUUCUAUGAUGAAUAUAAAAUAUUUAUUGCAAAAUAUAGUACAGAUAAUUUUGAUGAAGAAAAUUUAAAUAAUAUUCAAAUUGAUUCAACAUUAGCUCAACAAUUUGAUUUAAUACAAUUAAAUAAAGAAAAUCAACGUAGAUCAGCAAUAAUAUUUAAUCAUGUGCUUGAAAAUUAUCGUAAUGAACAAGAAAAAAAUCUUGAUAGUAUUGUUAAUCAUAUUGUUAAAUUACUUAAAACAAAAAGUCGACGAUAUACCAAAGAAAAAUGGUCAACAAUGUUAAAUCCAAAAGAAUAUUUUAGUAUGAAUAUAUCAUCAACAGCUGUUGAUAUUUUAUUAGAAAUACAAACAAUAUUUUCGAAUUUAUCAAUAAAUCUUGUUAAAAAUAUUUUUAAUGAAAUACGUGCAAGAAUUAUAAUGGAUUUCGAUGAAUAUUUAUUUAAUUAUGUUAUUCUCGAUCAUAAAUUUAAUGAAGGUGGUGCAGCACAAUUUCUUUUCGAUAUUAAUCGUGGAUGGUCACGUAUUGCUGGUGAUAAUCUAUCACAAUUUUUUAAUAAAUGUCGUGAAUCUGCUCUACUUCUUACAUUACCAAAAGGUUCAGCUCUUUUAUUACUUGAUGCUUUAAAACAAGAUCUAUCAAUAACAUCUACGUCAGAUGAAUUUCAAAUAUCAUCUCCAUUGCCUUCAGCUUUACAUGAACAAGGUAUUCAUCAUUUAGGUGAAUUAGAAGCUGAUCAAGUACUACAAUGUCGACUUGAUUUGACUAAUUGUUAA